CGCAAUCCAGAGCUCCUCGCCUUCUCAUUUCCUUCCCACAGAUCACUAAAAACAAGAACAAAAAAAGCGCUCCGCAGAGCAGCUUCAAAAGCAAAAGCAAAAGAUCACAGCCCUCUUUCCAUUCACGCAUCCAAAAGCAGCAGCAAACACAUCGCAUUAAGCAAACGAAGAAGAUCCUGUAUAUAUACUCUGCCGCGCCCCCGCGCAUAUCAUUCUCACACCACAGGCUUUUCAGGAGUUCCGGUCAUGGCGGAAAUCGUUGUCUCGGAGCCCAUCGAAGGAAGCAGCGACAGAGAGUAUAGCAGCAGAAGCCCCAUUAUACGGUCCAUCACCGACGGUCGCGAUCAUAUUCUUCUAGAGCCCUUUGAUAGCGAAAGGUUGCCGGUGAGUUUAGGUCUCCAAAUCCGCCCCUUUCUUCGCGUCGCGAACCAGAUUGAAGCACAGGAGCCUCGCGUCGCAUAUCUCUGCCGGUUUCAUGCCUUCGUGAUCGCGCAUAGCUUGGAUCGCACUUCGAGCGGGCGAGGUGUUCGGCAAUUUAAAACCGUUCUUCUUCAGCGACUCGUGCAGGAUGAGCAAGCUACUAAGAGUUGGAAGAAGGAACAGAGUGAUUUGCGUGAACUCAAACGUGUCUAUCAUCAGUACAAUGACUACGUAAUACAAAAUGGAGCUGUAAAGUCAUGUCAGUAUUUUUAUAAGGAAAAAUUGAUGACUGCAUCGGAAGUUGCUAAAGUUUUGUCAGAAGUAUUAAAGACAUUUACAAAAGCUGCCGACCCUCAGGCCUUUGCUAACGGUGACAACAUCGAAACUGAAUCCAAGUUCUUUGUUCCAUAUAACAUUCUUCCCCUGGCUCGUGGUGGUGCUCGGUUUGCAAUCAUGCAACUACCUGAGAUCAAAGCUGCAGUCGCAGCUGUUCGUAAUAUUCGUGGGUUACCUUUUGUGGAAGAUUUUCAACAGCAAGGGGCUCUAGUGGAUUUGUUUGAUUGGCUAUAUCAUUGCUUUGGAUUUCAGAAAGGUAAUGUAGCCAACCAGAGGGAGCAUCUGAUUCUACUCCUUGCUAACACCCAUAUUCGGCAUCCUCAUAAGCAGACAUGCAUUUCAAAGUUAGGGGAUGGAGCUGUAAAUGAGCUAAUGAAAAAGUUCUUCAAAAACUAUACAAAUUGGUGCAAGUUUUUGGGGAGAAAAAGCAAUAUUCGGUUGCCACAUGUGAAGCUGGAAGCUCAACAACAUAAACUUUUAUAUCUAGCGCUCUAUCUUCUUAUAUGGGGAGAGGCUGCAAACGUGAGGUUUAUGCCAGAAUGUCUCAGUUAUAUUUUUCACCAAAUGGCCUACGAUUUGCAUGGCAUUUUAACUAGAGCUAUUAUCAUGACAACUUGGGCCAAUGUUCAGCCAGCAUAUGGAGGGGGGCCAGAGUCAUUUCUUAACAGUGUAAUAACCCCAUUAUACAGGGUUAUAUAUGAGGAAGCUGAGAAUAGCAAAAAUGGGACUGCUGACCAUUCUACAUGGAGGAAUUAUGAUGAUCUGAAUGAGUUUUUCUGGUCACUUAAUUGUUUCCAAAUAGGUUGGCCCAUGCGACUAAACCAUGAUUUUUUUUGUACCCGGUCUUCUAAUGAUCCCAUUAAUUCAAACUCCCAGUCAUCAUGUAAGGCUGCAACAGGGCAAAGGAAGAUAAAAGAAAAUGUAGAUGAGGAAAAUGGGGUUGACAAUAUUGUGUCAGACAUGCAGAUUAUAAUGCAAAGUCAUCUUAUUCAUCUAGAUUUUUUUGACUUGUUGAAGAGAGUGUGGGGCAUUUUAUCAUUUAAAGCCACAGAUAUUGCAGAGGAUGCUUGUGAACAAAAAUGGUUAGGGAAGACAAAUUUUGUAGAGAUCCGCUCAUUUUUGCAUAUUUUUAGGAGCUUUGAUAGAAUGUGGAGCUUCCUCAUUCUCUCUCUUCAGGCCUUGAUAAUCAUGGCAUGUCAUGAUUUGGGAUCUCCAUUUCAAGUGUUUGAUGAAGGAGUUUUUGAGGACGUUAUGAGCAUCUUUAUUACAUCUGCAAUUCUUAAAUUUGUACAAGCUAUUCUUGACAUUUCUUUUACAUGGAAAGCCAGACAAAUGAUGGACUUCUCUCAAAUCCUUAAAUUUGUGCUGAAGUUGGUUCUUGCAGCAAUAUGGACUGUAAUUCUUCCCAUAUAUUAUUUUAAUUCUGGAAGAAAGUAUACUUGUCAAUCUGCACAAUAUGGGAGAUGGAUUCGAGAGUGGUGCUUUUCUUCAUAUAUGGUUGCUGUUAUGAUUUACUUGACGACUAAUGCAGUUGAAAUGGUGCUAUUUUUCAUUCCUUCCGUUAGAAGAUACAUUGAAACGUCAAAUUUCUGGAUAUGUUCAAUUUUAUCUUGGUGGACACAGCCCAGAUUAUAUGUUGGACGUGGAAUGCAAGAAAGACAGAUUUCUCUUUUCAAGUAUACGUUUUUCUGGUUGAUGCUAUUGUUGAGCAAAUUCGCAUUCAGCUACAAUUUUGAGAUAAAACCACUCAUAACACCUACAAAGAAGAUCAUGAAAAUUGGUGUGGAAAGAUAUGAUUGGCAUGAGCUUUUCCCAGAAGUCAAGAAUAAUGCUGGAGCAAUUUUGGCUGUUUGGGCUCCUAUAAUACUUGUGUAUUUCAUGGACGUGCAGAUAUGGUAUUCAGUGUACUGUGCACUAUUUGGUGGUAUUUAUGGCAUUUUGCAUCAUCUUGGUGAGAUUCGGACAUUAGGUAUGCUUAGGAGUAGAUUCCACUCCUUGCCUUCUGCAUUCAAUGCUUUGCUUAUCCCACCUGCGUCUCGGAAAGAUCAGGAGAAAAGCAGAAAAGGUUUUUCCUACAGGAGAUUUCAGAAGGUGUCAAAAAAUGAGAAAAAAGGUCUUGCCAAGUUUGUUCUGGUGUGGAACCAAAUUAUCAACAGUUUUCGAUCAGAGGACUUGAUUAGCAACAGAGAGUUAGAAUUAAUGACUAUACCUUUCUCAUCGGAGUUAUUUUCUGGAAUUGUUCGUUGGCCUGUUUUCCUUCUAGCAAAUAAGUUUUCAACAGCAUUGAGCAUUGCAAGAGAUUUUGUUGGGAGGGACGAAAAACUUUUCAGAAAGAUUAAAAAAGAUACAUAUAUGUACUCUGCUGUAAAGGAAUGCUAUGAAUCUCUAAAAUACAUAUUUAAAUUUCUUCUUGUUGGUGAUCUGGAGGAAAGGAUUGUUUCAUGCAUAGUGGCUGAAGUUGAAGAAAGCAUAGGAAAAUCCAGUUUCCUUGAGGACUUCAAGAUGAGUGAGCUCUCAGCUCUACUGGCUAAAUGUGGUGAUUUAGUUGAACUUCUGGUUGACAGAAAUGGACACCGUUAUGAAGUUACAAAAAUACUCCAGGAUAUCUUUGAGCUCAUAACCAAUGAUAUGAUGAAAAAUGGUUCCAGAAUAUUGAGUUUGCUUCACACUUCCCAAUCAAUGGAGAAUGGUCCAACUCUUUUCUCUGGAGUAAUUGAACCCCAAUUAUUUGCAUCUAUUAAUUUUCCAUUGCCCGAUACUGCCCCCCUGAAUCAACAGAUCAAGCGUUUACAUUUGUUGCUUACUGUUAAAGAUACUGCAAUGGAUAUACCUGCAAAUUUAGAGGCUCAGAGGCGCAUUUCAUUCUUUGCUACUUCCCUUUUUAUGGAUAUACCAAGUGCUCCUAAAGUGCGCAACAUGUUGUCACUCAGCAUUAUAACUCCACACUAUAUGGAAGAAGUCAAAUUUUCACUCAAGGAGCUUAGUUCAAGCCAGGAAGGCGUUUCUAUUAUCUAUUAUAUGCAAAAAAUAUAUCCAGAUGAGUGGAAAAACUUCUUGGAACGCAUUGGGUGUGGAAUUACAGAUCGAUUAGAAAGUGAAAGAAAGGAUGAAGAGCUUAGAUAUUGGGCUGCUCCUGGGGAGCAAAUGCCAAAAAGAGCAGACGAAUGCACAGGGUGUGGAAAUUUGGAUGACAAUCCUGAAGAACGUAGAAAUUGGGCUUCUUUCCGAGGGCAAACGCUAAGCAGAACAGUUAGAGGAAUGAUGUACUAUAGGAAAGCCAUAAAAUUACAAGCUUUUCUUGACAUGGCGGAAGAUGAAGAUAUUCUUAAAGGUUAUGAUGCUGUUGAAGCGGGGAAUGAUGCCUUGUCGGCUCAACUAGAUGCUCUAGCAGACAUGAAAUUCACAUAUGUCAUUUCUUGUCAAGAGUUUGGCUCACAAAAAUCUUCUGGGGAUCCCCAGGCACAAGACAUACUUGAUUUGAUGAUAAGGUACCCAUCUCUGCGUGUUGCUUAUGUUGAGGAGAAGGAAGAGAAUUUGGCUGUUGAUAACCCUCAAAAAGUUUAUGCUUCAAUACUGUUAAAAGCUGUUGGUAGCUAUGACCAGGAAAUUUAUCGCAUAAAGCUUCCUGGUUCUCCAAACAUUGGAGAAGGGAAACCUGAGAAUCAAAAUCAUGCAAUAAUCUUCACGCGUGGUGAAGCUCUUCAAACAAUUGAUAUGAAUCAAGACAACUAUUUGGAAGAAGCUUUAAAAAUGAGAAAUCUUUUACAAGAAUUUCUUAUACACCAAGGACAGCGACCUCCUUCAAUACUUGGUCUGAGGGAAAACAUAUUCACAGGAAGUGUUUCCUCUCUAGCUUGGUUCAUGUCUUACCAAGAGACCAGUUUUGUCACUAUUGGUCAGAGACUUCUGGCCAACCCUCUCAGGGUGCGAUUCCAUUAUGGGCAUCCAGAUAUAUUUAACAGGAUAUUCCACAUAACAAGAGGUGGCAUUAGCAAAGCAUCAAAAACAAUUAAUUUGAGUGAGGAUGUUUUUGCUGGAUUUAAUUCUACAUUGCGGCGGGGAUAUGUUACAUACCAUGAGUACCUGCAAGUUGGCAAAGGUCGUGAUGUAGGCCUAAACCAGAUAUCUAAGUUUGAAGCAAAAAUAGCCAAUGGGAACAGUGAGCAAACUCUAAGUCGUGACAUGUACCGCCUCGGACGUCAGUUCGAUUUCUUUCGGAUGUUAUCUUGUUAUUUCACUACCAUUGGGUUCUACUUCAACAGUCUGUUGUCGGUAAUUGGAAUUUAUGUGUUCCUCUAUGGACAGUUAUACCUGGUUCUUAGUGGCCUGGAAAAAGCACUUCUUCUUGAGGCCAGAAUGCAAAACAUAAAAUCAUUAGAAACAGCUCUUGCCUCCCAGUCAUUUAUCCAGCUUGGACUCUUGACAGGCUUGCCUAUGGUCAUAGAGAUUGGACUUGAGAAAGGAUUUCUAACAGCACUUAAAGAUUUUGUCCUCAUGCAACUGCAGCUGGCUGCUGUUUUUUUCACUUUCUCCCUUGGAACAAAAUCUCACUAUUAUGGUCGAACAAUUCUUCAUGGGGGUGCUAAGUACCGACCCACCGGGCGUAAAGUUGUCGUGUUCCAUGCCAGCUUCACUGAGAAUUAUAGAUUAUAUUCUCGAAGCCACUUUGUCAAGGGUUUCGAACUACUGCUCCUUUUGAUUGUCUAUUAUUUGUUUAGGAGGUCUUACCAAAGCAGUAUGGCAUAUGUUUUAAUCACAUAUUCUAUCUGGUUCAUGUCGCUCACGUGGCUGUUUGCACCAUUUCUGUUUAAUCCCUCUGGUUUCAACUGGGGCAAGAUUGUGGAUGACUGGAAAGAUUGGAACAAGUGGAUCAAGCAUCAGGGUGGUAUAGGGAUCCCACAAGAUAAGAGCUGGCAAUCUUGGUGGAAUGAUGAGCAAGCCCAUCUUCAUCAUUCAAGGAUAAGUUCAAGGUUAAUUGAAGUACUACUUUCUCUUCGGUUUUUCAUUUAUCAAUAUGGCCUGGUCUAUCAUCUUGACAUCUCGCAAGAGAACAAAAAUUUUCUGGUUUAUGUUCUCUCAUGGAUCGUGAUUCUCGCAGUUUUUCUACUUGUCAAGGUAGUUAAUGUGGGAAGAAAAAGGUUCAGUGCUGAAUAUCACCUUAUAUUCCGACUAUUUAAAGCACUUCUUUUCCUGGGUGUUCUAUCUACUAUAAUUACACUUUCUGUUGUCUGCAAACUAUCUUUGAAGGACUUAAUUGUCUGCUGUUUAGCAUUUUUGCCUACAGGAUGGGGAUUAAUAUUGGUUGCACAAGCUGCUAGGCCAAGGAUAGAGAAUAGUGGCUUGUGGGGCUUCACCCAGGUCCUUGUUCGAGCUUAUGACUAUGGAAUGGGUGUUGUUCUUUUCGCUCCCAUAGCUAUUUUAGCAUGGCUCCCAAUCAUAUCAGCGUUCCAAACUCGUUUUCUGUUCAAUGAGGCUUUCAAUAGGCGAUUGCAAAUACAACCAAUUCUUGCAGGAAAGGAGAAGCACAGAUGAAAUACUGGCAGGAUCUGGUUUUGUUUUUUUCUUCUUCUUCCCUGCUUUUCUUCUCUCUUUUUUAUUCUAUUUUGGUAGUAGGCAAAAGAAGUUGUUUGUAUAUAUCAUUCAUGUACAGCAGUGUUGUUCAAACCAUUCUUCUCUGUUAAAACGUAGAAUUUCAUAAAGAUGCUCAUAAUUGUUGUUUUAUGAUGAACAAUUUUGAAAAUUCAACAAUGAUCUUGGACAGUUCAAACAAAUGUGCUUGGCAAAGU